AUGUAUACAAAAUUAUUCUCGAAUACAAUUUCCAGUUUCGAACCAAAUUCAGUGUUUUCACCCGUUACUUAUGCCUUGGAUGACAUGUAUUCAGAAAUCAACAAUACAAUGGUUGCAUUCAUAAUUUCUAGAAAUUACUGUGAGAUUUUAAUUUAUAUUACACAAAAACAGUUUCAUUUGAUAACUACAUCAAAGUGCUCAUCCAAUACCCCAUUCAGUUAA